ACUAUGCCUUUCUCGACUCGAUCUUCCCCGAGAAAAGACCUUGUCUUCGGCUUCCUCGCCAACGAAGUGCAGCUCAUGGAACGAGCAAAAGCGUAUGGCCUCGUCGUAGAUCUCCAACCCAAUGAGAUCGAACAUUACAAAUCCGAAAACUACACCGAAGCAGAGAUGGCCAAGUGCCAAUGGUAUCGCCGAUCGGUAGCCAUGAUGAACUACGUUGAUUGGGAGAUCAUCUCAAAGGUCGCGAUACCCGACCUCGAGCUACGAACCGUUUGGGUCGGUGAUGAUCUAUGCAUCCAAUGCUUUUCGUUGCCGCUCGAGUACGCCUCCAAGCGGCACCGCACCCCGGAGGUGGUAGCACAGAUGAAGCUCCUCGCGAAACUUAUCAAGACCGAGUUCCCACCUGCGCUAUGGUGUGGUGUUUCGGCACCACUCCCGCCUUCACUUAAGGGCCAGAAGCUUCCCCCACGGCUGGUUCCUGUGUCUCGGACUUGUCUCAACCCUCCAUCCAAUCUUCUCCUACCCCGUUCGCCUGCCGUGUUGUCAUUUGUGCGCUAUUACCGUUUGUCUGUUUCCACGUUCUUAUUUGAUCCCAUCACGUCGAAUUUUUCCCAUACCAUCCUGUUGCUUCUCGAUAUAUCAUAUACCUUUUCCUCACAUAUUUUCUGUCUGCGGUCGAUUCUCAUCCUUUUGGCUAUCGACAGACGAUCGUUACUUGCACAAUACUUGCAAGUCUUGUUCUUCGUAGUACGAGCCGCCUCACUACAGUUCACAAAGACCAUGUCGCGACCAAAGGGCUCAAGGGACGACCUUGUCUACGGCUUUCUCGCCAACGAAGUCCAACUUAUGGAGCGAGCCAGGGCUCACGGCUUCGUCGUCGAUCUUCCUCCCCACGAGAUUGCAGUGUAUAAAGCCGAGAAUUAUACCGACGCACAGAUGAUUGAGUGCCAGUGGUUCCGUCGAUCGUUGGCGAUGCUCAAAUACGCCAAACGGGAGAUCAUCCCAAAGGUCGCGAUACCCAACCUAGAGCUACGAACCGUUUGGGUCGGGGAUGAUAUCUGUAUCCAAUGUUUCUCGUUGCCACUCCAAUACGCGUCAAGGCGUCAUCGCACCCCGGAGAUGGCAGCGCAGAUGAAGAUACUCGCGAAGCUCAUCAAUUCCGAGUUCCCGGCAGCGGCAUGGUGUGCCGUCUCUGCACCAGUCCCGCCUGAGAUGAUAGGUCAGAAACUUCCUCCACGGCUGGUCAACUAUCGCAUCGAGGAUUUACCGUUUUAG